CCACAACCUUGGCGGAUAGCAUCAGAACACAAGUAAGCGAGUGCUGGUAAACAUCUAUUAGUAGCGCUUCUAAAUUAUUGUCCAGCUAGCCAGCCGUAAUCGCCAUGAAGUUUGUAGUCUUUAUUUCAAUUUUCUGCGUAUUGGACGCAGUUUCGCACGUAAGCGCUAAUAGUAAUACCGUAGCCUACGUCGCCACACCAGUGCUACGCACGUAUCCGUACGUUUAUAGCGCGCACAGUUCCUCGCUCGUCACACCCACUCAGCAGCAAUAUCACACCCAAGAUGGUUUAGGACAGUACGCUUACGGUUAUGCAGAACCUCAUUCCACAAAGCAUGAGGUGCGAUCAUUGGACGGCAUUACACGUGGCUCAUAUAGUUAUCGCGACGCUACAGGAAAAUUACAAACUGUGGACUAUACCGCAGACGACAAUGGUUUUCGUGUCGCCGCAACGAACCUGCCUAGCGCUGUAUCGAACGAACAAUCAGUUCUACAGCCCUUUCGUGGGAGCGGCUCGUCAGGCGGAGUUGCCAUUACCGCCGGCGUUGGAGCAGCCCGUGACGUUCACCUUGCAGAUCAUAAGGAGGCUUUACUGCGCGUGGCAACGGGGGGCAUCAUUAGCGGCCAACCCGUUGCAACCGGCUCAGAUACUCGGUCUGUACAAUUGUCUCAGCCCGUGGAUGAUACAGUUACCGUGGCCGCUGCAAAGGCAUCUCAACUAAAUGCGCAAGCUCCAGAUGAACAGCAGGUCUUUCAACAUGGACGUGUUCUUACUUCGGCAAUUGUCCCAGUUCCAACUACAAUACGAACAUCUGCUAUUCCUAGCAUUUACAAUUACGGUUACCCGUUGAGGUACUUUUAUUAUUAAGAAGAUUUUUAAUAAAAGUGUCUAAUAUACCUACAAUAAGCACGCACAUAUCACUUUAAAUAAAAAUAUAUUCUAUUUG